AUGGUGGUCUUGAAUGCAUUUGAAGAUAUUAUAGCAAAAUUACAAGAGAUAGACAAGCUUAGUUUACCGGGAUUCAAACAAAGUCCUUUGAAGGUUUGCUAUAAUAGUGAUAACAGUACUGAAACCUCAUACGAUGGGUUGGGGCCUCCUUUACCGUUUGCCACCAGUAAGAUAUUCGACGCUGAUAUCUUAACGUGGAAACGACUUACUGCUUCAAACGGAGACUGUAAGGCAGUUUAUGAAAUAACCCUUGAUGUCGAAGACAGCAAAUUCACAUUUAAGGCUGGUGAUACAAUAGGUAUUAUACCUCAGAAUGAUGACUCAGACAUUGAUUUCAUUGUGAGUCAUCUGAAUUUAGCCUCUACUGUAGAUCUACCCGUGUCCAUCACCGUGGAUUCUAGUACAAAGGGAAAUAAGCUUCCGAUACACAUUCCUGCCAAGUCUACAUUGAGACAUGUAUUGAAAUACUGCGUGGAAUUAAGGAGUCUAUUGAAAAAGGCUUUCCUUUUGUCUCUAUCCAAAUACACUGAGGAUGACAAAGAAAGAAAGAUACUUGAAUAUUUAUGCAGUAAGGAAGGCGCUACAGCAUAUUCUACUCAUGUUCUAAACAAAAGUUUAUGUAUACUAGACAUAUUUAGUAUAUUCAAAACUUGUAAACCUCCUAUUGAGGUUUUACUUGGAAAUCUAUCCAGAUUACUGCCAAGACCUUAUUCAAUUGUUAACAGUGGUUUAAAGAAUAAUCAUGUCAUGAAAAUUUGCUUCUCUGUGAUGACAAACAACAACCGAAAAGGACUCACAACUGGGUGGUUAGAAAGGCUAUUAUUGAAUGAAGAAAUCACACUAGAAAAUGGAUUAAAGAAUAUGAGUAUUUCUAAAGAAUCUCAGAAUAAACGGAAAGUGUCCAUAUACCUUCGGAAAAAUUUCAGUAUGUUUUGUUUACCCGAGAGUUUAGAGAAACCACUGAUUUUAAUUGGGCCUGGCACUGGAGUGUCACCUUUUAUUGGGUUCUUAGAGGAAAGGGAAUUAUUAAAAGAAAGCAAUCAAGAUGUAAAGUUUGGUGAUGUUUACUUAUAUUUUGGAUGCCGAAAUCCAAAACUAGACUUCAUUUAUGAAGAAGAAUUGAAGGAUUUUUUGGCAAAAGGCACUUUGACUAAGCUUUUUACAGCGUUUUCUAGAGUUGAUUCUGAAAAUAAGUACAUUCAGGAUGCUUUAAUAGAAAGUGGGAAGGAAGUCGUCCAACUCAUCAAGGAAGGUGCACAUGUCUACAUUAGUGGAGAUUUAAAUACAAUGGCUGUGGAAGUCAAGGAGAUAUUAGUGAAUUGUUUAGUGGAGUAUGGAGACAUGACCUCAGAAGAAGCUAAGACAAAGAUAUCUCAUAUGCAGAAACAUCACCAAUAUGUAGUUGAUGCAUGGAGUUAA